AUGGCCACUGUUGAACUAGUUGAACAAGACAAACGUGUGCUGGCCCCCGAAACCGAGGAAUCAUCUUUUGAAAUUUUAACCCAAUAUGUUUCAGAUGACGCAUCUUCUUCAAAAUCAACGAGAUGUCGGCUCGGAAACCACGAAAAGCGUCGAAUGGAUCGGGAACAAUAUAAAGCAUUAUUAAAGGAAAAGGACCAAAAAAGGAAAGAGGAGCGUCGUAGGAGAAGAGAAGCAGGAAUUUUGCCUCCUAGAACAAAACCUGUCAAAAUCAACAAAUAUCCAUCGCCAAUGUCAUUAGUAAUUGAUCUAUCAUUUGAUGAAUUAAUGACAGAUAAGGAAAUUACAGAUUUAUCUAAUCAGAUGAACAGAUCUUACGGAGCCAAUCGUUCCAGUUGGCGUCCGGUCAGACUGUAUUUCACAAGUUUCGGUGGUCGCAUUAAAGAGCGAUUUAUGUCGAAAGUUAAAGACUGGGAACGGUGGAAGGAUGUUACGUUUACAGAAAAGUCCUUUGAAGAAGUGUUUGUCGACACAAGCAAGAUAACCUAUUUGACUGCAGACGCGGAUGACGUAUUGACUGAUUUGAGUGAAGACGAAGUUUAUGUUAUUGGAGGGCUGGUAGAUAGAAAUAGGCACAAGGGCGUCUGCCUACGUAAGGCGCAUGAUCUAGGAAUAGCAGCCGCAAAGUUGCCAAUAUCAUCGUACAUUACAAUGAAAACAAGAUCUGUGCUGACUGUCAAUCAUGUCGCUGAAAUAAUGAUAUCAUACGUCAACAGACAAAACUGGGAAAAGGCAUUCAACGACAUUAUUCCCAAACGAAAGUUUCACCUAUCUAUUACACAGAUCGGAGUCUAUGCCACAGCUACCACAUUUGGGUAG